AUGUUGGGGUGGCAGGAUGCGGAGGAUGCAAGGCGAUGCGAAAUAGAGGAGCGUAUUAAAGGAGGGCAGGAGGAUGUGUUCCGAACUACGUGCCAGCUAUUAACUUUAACCUCUACAGGACCCAGGACCGAGGACCCACUCUCCAGGACACUCUAUCUAUCGUUCCGACCCUCGAACUUUGACUUCCACUUCCUGUGGCCUCGAAAAAAGUUCUCCACUUUCAUAUUUCCACUGCAGAAUUGUGACGAAGAUGCGAUGCUAGUGAUGCUGGUGAUGCUGCUGCCCGGGAGCACUAACACCAGCACAACUGGAAUAAUGCCUCUCAUACGGGUAUUCGCCGCAAUCGUCUGCUGUUGCCUUUUGGCGACUGGCAGCAGUCAAGGAGAGGAGAUCGAAGCGAUAUCCACCAAGGCCGCGGACAAGGUCGAGGCCAUAGCCACCACCAAGUUGACCCCCAGCAUUGUGGAGGACACCAAAAGCAAGACGGAGAAGCGCGACUCAUCGGAUCAGACAGGUGGGCCGUACUUGAGCCUGUCGAGCAAGGACCCUCCGUUCCGACCGAUCUACCCGCCCAGCAGCCACUUUGAGUCGCCGGAGCCGCCGACGCCCAUCUUCGGACCCACCACACUGCGCUACACGGCAGCGGAGGCAGCACCACCACAGGCUUUCUACGGCCAGAGGGCGCCACCGCAGCAGCACCGCUUCAGCUUCGCAGCGCCACCGCCGCAAGUGGAACCCUAUCAGCGGCAAGUCGCGUUUAAGCCAGCUGCCGCCUCGCCGCAGCCUCAGCCACAGUCGAUUUUCAAUUACGGCGAACUGGAGCCGGAGGUGGGUGCCACCGCACCGCUGACCCACCACCAGCGCAACCACCAGCCCAGUCAGCAUUCCAAGUAUCUGCAGCAGCCGCCGCCGCCGCAACAGCAGAAGUUGCAGCAGCGCAUUCAGUACAUCAUCGCCAUACCGCUGUCGUACAUGCGGCAGUUGCAACAGCAGCAACAGUUGCAGCAACAGCAGCAGCAAUUCCUCUUUUCACCACCACCACCCACCACCAGCAGCAGCAGCAGUUCCACCAGCACUAGCACCACCAGCAGCACGGCACCACCCUCGGCACCAUCGCAACCACCGCCCACUGGCACGAGACACUCGCCGGUGGUGCAGCUGCUGGGUCCGCUGGCCCGCGACCAUCAGGGUCAGUACAAGCCCUACUACCAAUCGGAUGCAGCGAGUGCACCACUGGCUGGACCCACGGCACCGCUGAUCCACCAGCCCUACCUGCAAAUCCCCACCAGCCUACUCAUGGCCGCCGCCCAGCAGCUGCAGCAGCACCACUACCAACAGCAGCAGCCUCAGCCUGUCUACGCCAAGGUCGCUGCACCACCCGCACCACCCACCUACCAGCCCGCCCAGCUCAUCUACCAGCCCCAGGCGCACCACCAUCCGCAGCCACAGAUCCAGCUGCAACUGCAACGCAUCUUCCUGCAACAACCGCAGCCACAGCAGUCCACCAUCUACGCCGAACAGCCGGGUCCACUGUAUGCGUAUCCGCUGCAGCAGCAGCAACACCAGCAGCAACAGCAAUACCAGAAGCCGCACCAGCAACAGUCCUUGAAACAGUCGCAGCAGCAACACAAAUACACGCCUGCAGCGCCAACGGCACCGACAGCAUUGACAACAUCAACAACGAGCACGGCGGCAACACAAGAGGCAGCAGCAGCAGCGACAGCAACAGCAACAUCCCAUGCAGCAGCAACAGCAACACGUCAACAACACUUGCCCCUGGUGCACUACAAUCCCAUUUACGUGCAGGCGCCCCCCGAGCAGCAGCAACAUCAGCAACAUCAGCAGCAACUGCAGCAGCAUCAAUUUGCCAUAUUGCCACGUUUUAGCAAUAAUAACCCCAAGGCCGUGUACAACAUGGCCCACGAAUCGGGGGCUCCCAUUCACGUGGUCAGAUUGUCGCCGGCAAAUGGGCCGCCGAUCCAUCACUACCACCACUACCAGCCGGCGUUGCAGCCGCUUUAUAGCCAUGCCCCGCAGCAAUAUGUAUCGUCCUAUGGAGGAGGAACCGCCGAAGAAGCUGCAAAGUCGCCGCCGUCACCCGUUUCUGUUUCCGUUUCCGGUUCGGGCUCUACUUCCCUUUUAGCCGGGCCCACGCCAUCGCCCAUGAUGACCGCAGCCUCGCCGGCCAUUAUACCAUAUUUCAGCCAUCCGGGUGCCGUGCAUUAUGGCACGCAUUUGUAUCACCCGGGAGCAGCAACAGCACUGGGUGCAACAUCAGGGGGAGGGGGAGGAGUUGCAGGAGCACCAAGAGCAGCAGCUGCAGGACCAAAGCAACAGUCGACCGCAACAAGUGGGGGACAGCUGCCAGGUGACAGCAACAAUAUUGUGAAAUAUCCCUAA